AUGUAUCUAUCUAUCUAUCUAUGUAUGUAUGGAUGGAUGGAUGGAUGAAUGGAUAUAUAUUGUCCUUCGUACACUCUUAGUGUCUCAUAUGAUUUUUAAGAUAAAACCACACCCAACUCAGCUUCUGAUUAACACCAGAGAUGAUUUCCUGUCACAGUCAGGAAUCAGUUGAAUCAUAUUUGAUCAGAAGUUAAAGUAGAAGCACAGAGCUAAUCUGUGGCCAAGGUGAGAGAGUGAAACCUGAAUGCAUGCUCUUUGUCUCCCUCCACAGCUGCUUUGCCGAGUUACAUCAGGCCAGGCUUUCUGGAGGCACUGUUAAUGCUAAGAACAAGGAAAAUAAGAAAAUCCUUCAAACAGUCAAGCGCUGUCUUUCCGUUGUCAAUGAGGACUAUGAGGACGACAAUGAACAGGUAAGAUAUUAUUUGCUAAAAGACUCACUUAACAAUAAACCUGGGACACGUGACAGUGUUUUUCCCCAGCUCUGUUUCAGUUGUAGUUGUUGAUGUAUUUUCUGCUUCUUUCCCAUUCUUCUCUUAGGAUGCCCAUGAAUGUGUGUUGCUCCUCCUCUUUCAGCUGAAGGAGGAGGGUAUGGCAUUAAAGGGCUCACCAGAGCCAUACACCUGCCCCGUGAAGCAGUUAGAAUUCAAGCUGAAGACUUCCCGUACCUGCACCAGCUGUGGAGUUAUAGUGUAUGGUCAGGAGGAUUACAAUCACUUGUCCCUGAGCCUGAGCCAUUACCUGCCACACAGCCUGGACCUCUACUUUAAGCCAUCUGCGUUAGAGUGUGCAUGCAGGGUGUGCUCAGGCAGCAUGGCAUCUGUGACUAUGCACUUCCUCACGCUGCCCCGGGUCCUAAUGCUUCAUAUCAAGCGAUUUACUGCAGGCGACUGGGAGCCAAAGAAGGUGGAUGAUCCCAUGUCCAUCCCUGCAGAAAUAACCCUCCCAGCCGUAUGUGGGAAGACAGCCCAUGUCCAGUAUGGAGCCAGGGCAAGCUCCCUGGGGAAAAACAACAUGGACAACAAACCUGCAAACUCCCCGAAAGGCACCCUUGAUAGACCAGAGACACCAGCCAGACAAUAUCUACAAAUUGUCAAGUGUGAUCUCACAUCUGGGAGACAACAUGUAUACAGGCCACUACAUCAGUGAUGUUUUGGACAGCCGUGGCAGUGGGUGGCUCUGCCUGGAUGACACACAUGUCUUGAGGACAGAUGAGGCCACUGUGCUGAAGGCGAUUUCACAGACUGCCUACAUCCUGUUCUAUGUCUGCAGGUAAGGCUCUAGGCCACAAAUUUGAGAAGAAUGUCACAAAUGGAGUCAAUGACGACAAUCAGUCCCUUUCACCUGUAAUCCCUCUGUAUGUGUUAUUUUUCAGACAUUGUAUGUACAUGUAAGAUCUCCCUGUCAUUUCUCAUUGAAGUGGA